AGGUCAUUAAUUGUCACUGCUUCAUUGCUGUAAGUCUUCUUUCUGGGCCUUCUUGGUAUACAGGUUUAUAUCUCAUUGGACAGUUGCUUUGGAUUUCACGAUGAUGUGGGCGGCAGUUGCUUUUUUCUCAUUGUAUAAUCUACAAUUGGGUCAUCACUGAAUACACCCAUGUUGUGUAGGUGUUUUCUCUGAAGUAAAUGACUGGUGUUUAGAUCUAUUACUACCUGAGGUUUAUCCUGUCUAACUGUAGUAAUGUGUUUGUCAGUUCUGGCGAGUUUACCAUGUCUGGCAUCUCUGGAAUUCGUCUACUUCCCUUUUUGUUGUUUGUGAAUCCUUCUUAGUUGGGGGUGUCUUGUUAUCCCAAUGUAGAUGUUGAGCGUACAUAUGGUUUUGCAUAUUUUCCGGCCAGUUUUUCUACUUGUUCAUUACUAAUUAUUUCUUUGUGCCCUGGCACUCCAGAUAUUGUCAGGUUGUUAUGUUUUCCCAGGUUUUGUAGAUUUUGGAUGUUUCACUGACUAUUCGGGAUAUGACCUUCACCUAAUUUAUAGAAAAAAUGUUAUAUUGGAUUGUGUAUGAUAAAAUAAAAAGUAAAUUACAGUUUAACUUUCACAACUUUUGUUUGGUAGUUUGUUCUAUUGCUCACCGAGUUCUGCUAUAAUCAUUAACAAAAUUUUGUAAUAUAAUAAAUGUUCUCAGAAACUAUACUUUUUAAAAAUAUUUAUUUAAACAAUUACGUAAUUAUUUAAUAUUUAAUAAUUAGGUUGUUAGGGAUGCACCAGGUAGGAUUGUCGCACGUGGAACGCAAUGGCGAUGUUCCGUUGCAGUAAGGGUUUUUCUUUCAAAUUCGAACAGAAUAACCUACACGGUUCUAGCAUCGAUGUAUCAGCAAAUCCAGCAUUUAUUUGCUAUCUGCUUAUUGUUCAUUUUCCCUUAAGUUCUCGACGUCUAAAGAUUUAAAAUUUGAUGAGUUAAUAAAGCACACCAAUCCUUACCAAAAUGACCUCCAUAAUUAAAUUUCAGUCGAUUUCAGGCGCGACGGAAAACACGCCGCCGUGCUAUUUGCUUCAAAUCGACGAUUUUCGUUUCCUUUUAGAAUGCGGUCUCAACGAAAAGUUCGACGAAGAAUACUUGAAAGAGUUGAAAAGGUAUGUCAACCAGAUAGACGCGGUCCUCAUCAGCUACCCGGACAAUCUGCACCUCGGAGCGUUGCCGUACCUAGUCGGGAAAUGCGGACUCAGCUGCCCAGUUUACGCGACCAUCCCCGUCUACAAAAUGGGCCAGAUGUUCAUGUACGAUUUUUACCAGGGGCGACACAACGAAGAGGACUUUGACGUUUUCAAUCUGGACGAUGUCGAUGCUUCCUUCGACAAGAUGGUCCAGCUGAGGUACAACCAGAGGGUGAUGAUGAAGAAGAGCUGUGGCCUCUGCAUUAUCCCCAUGCCAGCCGGCCACAUGAUCGGUGGCACCAUCUGGAAAAUUCAAAAGACAGGAGAGGAGGACAUCAUAUAUGCCACUGACUUCAACCAUAAGAAAGAGAGGCAUCUCAAUGGUUGCGACUUUGAGAAGCUGGAACGACCGUCUCUUCUCAUAACAGACGCUUACAAUGGUACGUAUCAGCAGGCAAGGAGGAGAGCGAGGGACGAGAAACUGAUCGCCGACAUUUUGCAAACCCUGAGAAACAACGGUAACGUUUUGAUUACGGUUGACACUGCAGGUAGAGUUCUUGAGUUAGUCCAUAUGCUAGAUCAACUGUGGAGAAAUAAAAAUUUUGGAUUGCAAGUUUAUCCCUUAUGCCUUCUUAGCAAUGUCAGCUAUAAUGUUGUAGAAUUUGCAAAGUCGCAGAUAGAAUGGAUGAGUGACAAACUUCUGAAAUGCUUUGAGUCUAUGAGAGAAAAUCCGUUUCAAUUCAAGCACCUGAGAACGUGCCAUAGUCUCAACGAGGUGAAUAAGUUGGUGAGUAACAAAGUCAUUUUAGCCAGUAUGCCAGACUUGGAAACUGGUUUUGCCAGAGAGCUUUUCAUUCACUGGGCCUCUGAUCCUGAGAAUACUAUAAUAAUGACAUCAAAGAGUUUCGAAGGCUCGUUGGGAAGAGAUCUGAUCGACAACGGUUCUAACAGGACGAUAACUCUGGACAUUAAAAAAAGAAUAAAACUCGAAGGCAAAGAGCUUGAGAUUUAUUUAAAACAUCAACAGAGCAAAAAUUAUCAGCAGAAAGAAAGUUCAGAGGAUGAGGACGAUCUCCAACUUGUUAACAUUGUCACUGGAGUUCAUGAUUUGAUGGUGAAACCUGAGAGAAGGAAGAGGCAUCGCAGGUAUUACCUUAUGUACCCGUACAUAGAUAAAAAGAUGAAAUCUGAUGAAUAUGGGGAACUGGUCAAAACUGAAGAUUACAAGAAUUCCGAGCCGAACGGGAAGCCAUCCAAGAAGAAAAAAGAGAUCGUUCAGAUUAAAGGUGAAUGCCCGACUAAAUGUGUUGCCUACAAGCAGACAAUUGAUGUAAAGGCCCAGAUAAAAUUUAUAGACUUUGAAGGAAGGAGUGAUGGACUCUCAGUCCAGCAGUUGAUCACGCAGUUACAACCAAGGAAAGUCAUUCUUAUCAGGGGUUCACCCGAAAUAACAGACAAACUUGCAAAAUGUAUUAAGACAAAGAUCGACGCCGAAGUCUUUACACCGAAAAAAGGUGAGAUAAUUGAUGUCACUUCAGAGACUCACAUUUAUCAAAUUCGUUUGACCGACUCUCUCGCUUCUUCGUUUAAGCUGCAGAAAGGCAAAGACAUGGAGCUAGUAUGGUUGGACGCAGUAGUCACAGAACCACAAAAGUCAGGUCAGAAUGCAUCGUCGGAAAGCCUUUUGAAUAAUGAACUACUUAAUUUGGAGCCGAUUCCAAAGCGUGAUGUUAAUCCCCAUCAGUCCGUCUUUGUCAACGAGCUCAAGCUGUCUGACCUCAAGCAAUACUUGAGCAAAAAAGGCUUCGACUGUGAGUUUUCAGGUGGUGCUCUUUGGUGUUGCAGCAAAACGAUAUCCAUUAAGAGAACACAAUCAAGGAAAGUUGAGCUCGAAGGAUGUGUGUCAGAUAACUAUUUCAAAAUAAGAAAUAUACUGUAUAGUCAGUAUGCAUUACUUUAAUGAUGUAUGCAUAAAUAAUUUUUGUAUGUUUGAUCAU